AUGCACUCACAAUGUGAUCAAACAGUUUUUAACGUCUAUAAGGGAGUCAAGGCAUUUUCGUUCUGUACGAGAAAGAACUUGCUGCUGACAGGUGGAAUGGAUCGAAUAAUUAGCAUCUGGAAUCCUUAUCUGCCUGGAAAACCAACAGGUGUGCUGAAGAGCCACACAGCUCCAGUGACCUACGUCCAUGUGUCUCCUGAGGAUAACAAAAUAUUUUCCACGUCCACCAACAGCACGAUUAACAUCUGGGGUCUGAAGACCGCCAGCUGCCUAUUUACUGCCUCCUCCAAAGCCAGCGGUAUUAGGGGGAGCCUGGGGCCUGCCUCUACCGCCCCCAACCCCAGAGCCCUGUGUGUGGCCACUGACGCCAUCGCUCUCCUGCACCUGCGGCUCAGGUAGGGGGCCUCUGGGCCCCGAUCUAACCUGGUGGUUUCCCAUGAAGAGCCCGUAGCGCGCUGCCAGUACAACCCCGCCUUCCAGCAGGUGGUCAGCUGCUGGGAAGAAUCAGUGGUGAAAGUAUGGGACUUUGAAACAGGAAGGCUGUUGUCUGAAUUUACUGGGGCUCAUGGCAGCACUGGAAUCACUUGUCUGCCCUUUGCCAGUGGAAGAAGGCUAGUUACCAGGGGCAGAGAUGGCUGGCUGAGAACAUGGAGCUACAGCAACGGGCGUUGUCUGCACACCCUGAAACACGAUGAAAAGCAAAAUGAAAUCUGUGAUUGUACCUACUGGGAGGUGAACCAAAACAAGUGUAUCACAGCUGCUGGAUGGGACAGAAGGAUAAACGUAUACUAUGACACACUGUCUCAUUUUCAUCACUUCCUGAAGCCACAAGUACACUGGCAGGAUGACUUGAACCACAGGCACAAGGAGGCCAUCCUCUGUGUGGCUUACUGCCCACCUUUUCUCCUGGCCACCUCCCGCGAUGACGGCAAGAGCAUCAUUUGGAAUGUCAUCUCAGGCCACGGGUACGGCAAGCUCAACACCCCCAGCCCCUCUGAAGGAGCAGAAGACGGAGAAGGUAGGCGUGAGGCGGCCUCCGCGGACACUCUGACUGGCCUGGCAGCCUUGGGCUCCCAGCAAGUUGUCUCAAGGAGCCUCAGCUCUGGGUGGCUUCCGGUUAUAAGGGAUUGGCCUGAAUUCAGGCUUAACUCGUCAGAUGGAGAUUCAGAUUCCCUAAACUGGAAGGAAGCUCAAGAGUUGAGCUAGCUCAG